AUGUUUAAAAUCUUCGCCGUUAUUCUUGGUACUAUGUUAGUAGCUGUCAACUGUGGUUUACUUCCUGGUGGUUAUUCUGAUCAUCCCGAGUUACUUCAUGAUUCACGUGUUCAAGGUUUAGCUACUUAUGCUGCUGAAUAUUUGGCUAUAAAAGAAAAUAUUUAUCUUAGCCAUAUUAAACUUACACGUGUUCAAACUCAAGUCGUUGCCGGUAUGAAUUAUAAAUUAGAUUUUACUGCUGAAUCUAUUAGUGGUGGUAGUGGUAAAUUAACAACAUGUCAAGCUAUUAUCUAUGUACGAUUUGAUCAAACUCAAAAAGUUACCAAAGUUGAAUGCCAUUAA